AUGGCUCAAUUUGUGGCGCGUACCGAACGUUCGGGCAACAUUUUUUCGCGGGUAACCGGUUUGAUUCGGGCGGGACAAUUGAGUUGGUCCGACAGACCGUUGUGGUGAGUGGGAGAAGCUUUUGGUGAUUGAAAAAUCGAUAUUUUUGCAGGUAUGAUGUAUAUGUGAGCUCUCCGCCAUUAUCGCCGCCGGAUUGGAAUGUGAAAUUAGCGAAGCACGGCGAGCCGAUUAGACCCAUUUUUUAUGAGGAAGAUGUUUUGAGAGCGUGAGUGGAGAAAACAUUUUUUGGUUGGGGGAAAAUGAAUAUGAUGCAAUUUUGGCGGCUCUUGUGGUGAUUUCUAAUGAAAUUUUCAACUGAGAAUCUGCCAAAUGCUUCAAAAUCUACGAAAUUUGGACUGUUUCAACUCUCAACAUAAAUUAUGACGUGAUAACGUUUGAAGUUGAUUUUACGUAUGCUCAAUUUCACACUUGAAAAUGAAUUUCUGUUUUUGAAAUUAAUCAUACCAAAAAAAUAAUUUUUGUAAAAGGUGACAUUCAACUUCGCCACGUCAUAAUUGAUAUUAGGAGUUAAGCUAAGAAAUUUAGUUUACGAGACUUCGAAAAAGAAACUGAAUUUUUGUCGAAAAAUAAAUCAUCUCGAAUACACUCAAAUUCUUUUUUUCCAGAAAAUUCUACAAAAAAUAUCGAAACACGGCCGCCAUUCAAAUCGACAGUUCAAAACAAAGCAUCUCUCAACAAUUUCUCAACGAAUAUCAAAUUAUCAAAAAUGAAAAUCCAACUGAAGAAAAUAAAGAAGAAGAAGAGAUUUUCGAGAAAACCGAAAAACGAUUGCAGGAAAAUGGUAUCACUUUGAAGUAG